UAUAUAUGCGCUAUAAAAAGCUAUAUAUGCUGCUUGCAACCACCAGUGCUUGCAACAUAAACAAAGUAAGAUGAGUAUCCGGUGCCGAUGGUAAAUCAACGCUUGUUACAGCCACUCCUUGCAGCAGGACUGAAGAGGGCAGGAGAUGCAUUCUUGACCUGAUCCACUGAAAGCAUGAUGAAAGAAUCUUUAGUGUCCGAAAAGUCAGGCCAGAAUGGAACACAGCUUCUUCGAUGUUUUUUCUGCGAUGCCUCUUUUUAUGAAGAGCAAGACCUCAGCAAACAUCUCCAAUAUCAUCUUCAAGGAAGCGGCGUCAAAGAACUCGGCCUGUUUCAUUCCCAUCAUGAGAAACUGUCCAAUUCGGAGGAAGUGACACAGGAUAGUAGGAGCACGAGUGAGACGCCUUCUAUGUGCCAAGAUUCUGAUGGUACGAGAAUAUAUCCUUCCCACGUUGAUCAUGAAGAACACAGAAGUAACUGUACAGUGGAGACCAUUGGGAUACAGAAAGAUGGAAUGGAUAUUUCUUGGGCAUCCCAGUCACAGAAAGAAGAGGUUGUACAGAUGGCAAAAUCUGAAGAUCAAGGAGAAACUCAUUACCUUCUCCAGUUGGGGGAAAUAGAGAAUAUUCAAACUGGAAAAUUCGGAGAUCAAGCUGAUUCUUCUUGUCAUCCUCAGGUAGAGAAAGAACAAAGAGAGACCUUCGAUCAAGCACAUGUUUCUCGUCAUCCCGGGUCAGAGAAAAGUUGUACUGCUGAAACAGGAGAAACCUAUCAAACUGAUAUUUCUUGCCAAUCCCGAUCCGUCAAAGUACAAAAUUCUGUAAGACACCAUUUCCAGUGCGAGCACUGUGAGGAAGCUUUUGAAACACAGGCGAAACUAAUCUUCCAUGUUACACAAAUGUCAGCUGAAAAGUCCUAUUCAUGCUCUAAGUGCGGUAGCGAAUUUUUACGGAAAUGCCUGCUGCUAGUUCACAGUGCAUCACCCUGUGAAUUGAAACUAGAUAUUAAGUGCGAGCCUCUGAGGGAUUGGUCUAAGUCCAUAAGUAAGAAGGAGGAACACAUGGAUGGGCAAGAAUGGUGCUGCAAACGUGAAUCAGAGCAGCCCAGACAGAUCUGUGGAAAAUCACUCGGGUGUUCCCAGUCCACACUGAAAUCAGAGACUUCUCAUACUGAAACGAAACCUCAGGGCUCAGAGUCUGGAAAGGGAGUUGUCACUGAAGGUAAUCUGAAAAAGCACACGGUGAAGAAAAAUCUACGCUCACGCGAGAAGACCAAGAGAGUUCAGGCACAUGCAGGAUUCCAUCAGUGCUUGUAUUGUUCAAAGGAAUUCAAAAGGAAAUGUCACUUAGCAGAGCACAUUUUGAUCCAUACAGGGGAAAUGCCUUUUGUGUGUUCACUAUGUGGGAAGGGGUCCAGGACUAAAAGCAAUCUCAACAGGCAUGUGAAGAUAAUGCACCCUGCCAGUUCAAUCUCUCAUGAGUGCCCAUCCUGUUUCAAGAUAUUUCCUUCUAGGCCUCAAUUACAACGUCAUCUUUAUCUGAAACAUAACAAAGAAAAACCAUUUCAGUGUUCUGAGUGUGGAAGAAGCUUCAUUAAAAAGGGUUUUUUUGAUAAGCAUAUAUGCAUGAAAAGUAAUGUAAAAGCUUCUGGUUGGUCUCAAGAUUGUUCAUAUUGUUCCAAGAAAUUCCAUUGUAAAUCCCGUUUUGAUGACCAUGUUAUGAUGCAUACAGGGGAAAGGCGCUUCCAGUGUGCAAAUUGUGGGAAGGCUUUCAUCAAAAAGGCUAAAUUUGAAAAGCAUACAUGCAGAAAUACACAAGGAGGAAACAAGGAUAAGAAACUUCACGAAUGCUCUUACUGUUCCAAGAAAUUCCUGAGGAAGUGUCAUUUAAGAAGGCAUGUUGAGAUACAUUUAGAGAAUAGCCCUUUCCGUUGUUUGAAAUGCGGAUUGAAGUUUGUUACUAAGACUGAUCUUGAUUUCCAUCAAUGUGGGGUUGCGGUGAAAAAACCUCUAGUUCAUGAGAAAGUCCAUGAAUGCUCAUAUUGUCACAAGAAAUUCUUUCGUAAAGCUCACUUACAGGAGCAUGUCAUGGUCCACACGGGAGAAAGGCCUUUCAAGUGUGCACAUUGUGGGAAAGGUUUUAUUACCAAGUGUAACUUAAAAAGACAUACAUGCAGGAAUCCAGAAAAGGGACAGAUUUCUCAAAAGUAUAAUAAAUGCUCUUAUUGUCCCAAGAAAUUCUCCCGUAAAGCUCAUUUACAGGAGCAUGUCAUGAUACACACGGGAGAAAGGCCUUUCAAGUGUGCACAUUGUGGGAAAGGUUUUAUUACCAAGUGUAACUUAAAAAGACAUACAUGCAGGAAUCCAGAAAAGGGACAGAUUUCUCAAAAGUAUAAUAAAUGCUCUUAUUGUCCCAAGAAAUUCUCCCGUAAAGCUCAUUUACAGGAGCAUGUCAUGAUACACACGGGAGAAAGGCCUUUCAAGUGUGCACAUUGUGGGAAAGGUUUUAUUACCAAGUGUAAUUUUAAAAGGCAUUCAUGCAAGAAUCCACUAAAGGGACAGAUUCCUAAAAAAUAUUACAGGUAUGAAGGCUCGUUUAAGAAAUACGUUUUAAAGAAGCCUGUCUCUAUACAUUCAGAGAAUAGUGCUUGCCAGUGUUUGAAAUGCGGGUUGGAGUUCCCUACCAACAAUGAUCUUGAUAAACAUUCAUGCAAUACAUCUGGAAAAUCAAUACAUGUACCUCUAGUUCGUGAGAAAGUCCAUGAGUGCUCUUAUUGUCACAAGAAAUUCUUUUGUAAAGCUCACUUACAGGAGCAUGUCAUGAUACACACGGGAGAAAGGCUCUAUCUUUGUGACAAAUGUGGGAAGGGUUUUUGUACCAAGGGUAAUUUUAAAAGGCAUACAUGCAGGAUUCCAGAAAAAAAACAGAUUCCUCAAAGACAUUACAGGUAUGAAGGCUCGUUUAAGAAAUUCCUUAAAAAGCAUGUCUCGACACAUUCAGAGAAUAGCGCUUUCCAGUGUUUGAAAUGCGGGUUGGAGUUCAUUACCAAUGAUGAUCUUGAUAAACAUUCAUGUAGUACAUCUGGGAAAUCAAUACCUCCAGUUCGUGAGAAAGUCCAUGAGUGCUCUUAUUGUCACAAGAAAUUCUUUCGUAAGACUCACUUACAGGAGCACAUCAUGAUACACACGGGAGAAAGGCCUUUCAAGUGUGCAUAUUGUGGGAAAGGUUUUAUCACCAAGUGUAAUUUUAAAAGGCAUACAUGCAAGAAUCCAGAAACGGGACAGAUUUCUCAAAAGUAUUAUGAAUGCUCUUCUUGUCCCUCAAAAUUCUCCCGUAAAGCUGAUUUACAGGAGCAUGUCAUGAUACACACAGGAAAUAGGCUCUAUCUUUGUGACAAAUGUGGGAAGGGUUUUCGUACCAAGUGUAAUUUUAAAAAGCAUAUAUGCAGGAUUCCAGAAAAAGAACAGAUUUCUCAAAGAUAUCACAUAUAUGAAGGCUCGUUUAAGAAAUUCCUUAAGAAGCAUGUUUCUACACAUUCAGAGAAUAGUGCUUUCCAGUGUUUGAAAUGCGGGUUGGAGUUCCAUACCAACAAUGAUCUUGAUAAACAUUCAUGUAGUACAUCUGGGAAAUCAAUACCUCCAGUUCGUGAGAAAGUCCAUGAGUGCUCUUAUUGUCACAAGAAAUUCUAUCGUAAAGCUCACCUACAAGAGCACAUCAUGACACACACGGGAGAAAGGCCUUUCAAGUGUGCACAUUGUGGGAAAGGUUUCAUUACCAAGUGUAACUUUAAAAAGCAUACAUGCAGGGGUCCUGAGGAAGAACAAAUUUCUCAAAACAAGUUAUGAAUGUCCAUACUCUCCAGGGAAGUUUCGAGGACAUUUGCUUCGGCGACGAUUGCUCCUUUCGAAAUUCCACAUACUAAUUAACAACUUCACCCAGUGUUUAGCAGUAUACCCUACCCUAAUCCAAACAUAAACCAUAAUGGUUAGUUUCGGUCAUGGUCGCUCAUUUGGUUUACGUAGCAGACGAUGCAGCCUGAUAGUUUAUACUGUACGCAGACCCUAUUGGAAAUCAAACUUGAUUCCAGACUCAAUACUAUUACAUAUUUCCCCUCUCAAAAUGUAGCUAUAUGAAAAUAUCCGUAGACAAAGGUGUAUGGUUCAAGAACAUUGUUACUUUCAACAUUAAAUGUGUUGCUUAAUUUUGUUUGGGUUGUAUUGAUUAAAUGAAAAUAGUCUAGGAACGGAAACUAUCGUACGUUAGUCAUGCGAUGUUGUACACAUAAAUAUUCCAUGUUCUGCCUGCUCGAUCUCAAAGUCUGGGAGAAAAGUGAGAUGUAACCAUUAUACCAGUCAUGAAGUAUUAUACAUCAACAUGUAGGUAAUCUUUUUAGUAUUGAGAUGAUGAUCAAUCUCGACCUUUUUUGAACCCUCAGGGAUAUUUCAGUGGGAAAACAAAGAUGCCAGUGUCUUGGAAAUAUGGGUGAUUUCGGACCGUUUGCCAUAGCAAGAGUUGUGAACAUGGACAAUUUCAAAUGAACAGCGAGGCGUAAAUAGUGAAUUAAUUGUAAUAAUAUUUUCAUCAAAUUCAAUGGAAUUGGAUAAAAUUUCCCCACUAUUAUCAAUCUUGUGUGAGAUUAUUAAUAGUUACAAAGAUAUUUUUUUACAUUACGCUCGUGAAAACGACUUCUCUGUGUUGAAGCUGUGUAUGUGGACUUUCGGACACUCAAAUGCAUGCGACUAUUACCAUUAUGCCAAUUUUACAACUCCCAAGAAUGUUCUGUAAUCUGUUUGGUCCAAAUCUGAUCACAUGAUAUUCAGUGAAUUGCACUAUGGCAUCCAAAUGCACUAUCCUGUACUCUGACAUCAUACCAAAUGUACUAUCCUGCACUCUGGCGUCAUACCAAACGCACUAUCCUGCACUCUGAUCAGAGUGCAGGAUAGUACCGAUA